CAGAGAGUGUCAAUCAUUUUCUCCAUCAAUCUUCCUCUCUUCUUUUUUUUUUUUUUCCUUUGAAUCCCAAAUCAAAGGGAAAAAAAAAUAUCAAUACCCCUUUUCCCCUGUUUAUUUUCUUCUUAUUUUUUUUCAAAUAUAAUAUAAUAUGGGUUGUGGGGAAUCAAAGCACGCAGUUGCAACGGCGAAUGCCACCAUUCCUAAGAACAAGAGAUCAUUGAGUUCUAAAUCUGAAUCCAGAAAGGGUGAAAAUAUCGUAAAAUCUGAAAAUGGGGAAAAAAUGGAGGAGUUGAUUGCACCGAAAGUGGUGGCUGUGGAAAAAGAGAAAGAAGAGGAAGUUGUAGAGCCCAAGAAUGAAACGAUCCCUGUUGCUGCUGUAGAGACGAAGAAGAAUAAAAAUGAUGAAACAACUGCCCCUGUUUCUGUGGUAGAGAAGAAGAAUACAACUCCGGUUGCUGUUGUAGAGAAGAAGAACGAAAAUGAGGAAAUAGCCCCUGUUUCUGUUGUAGAGAAGGAAAGUGCAAUCGAUGAAACAAUUCCGGUUUCUGUCGUAGAGAAGAAGAAUGAAAAUGAGGAAACAACAGCCCCUGAUUCUGUUGUUGCUGUUGUGGAGAAGAAAGAAUCUGUUGAAGAAAUUAAAGCAGAGGAGAAAACUGAGAUCAUCAAGCCAAUUGAAGAAGUAAAAGAGAAAGCGGAAGAGAAGGAAGAAGUUAUCGCUGUUUCUGAGGCCACAGAUGCUGCUAAACCAGAAACUGUCAAGGAUGAUGAUAAACCAGAGACAGAGGAAAAGCCAAAAGAGGAAAAUGCAACUGAAACCUCAGCAACAACAGAUUAAAGUGCAGGCAUGGGAAUAUGGAAGAAGAGUGUUUAUUAGUUUAAUCCUUGCUUUUUAAAGCUUGUUGUAAUUUCCGGCUUAAGUAUACAUAUUUGUUCCAUCAUCUGUUUUCAUAUAUUAUCUCUGUUCUGCUUAUAUUUUUAUAUAAUAUUAUCCCAUUUCAUCUAAA